AUCGUCGGUCAACGAAUCUACCUCCCCAACAUCAUCUUCACGCUCGUCCGUAACCAAACCCCACCUGGUAAACCUUACAACCCGUACGAAGCGACCUUCUACGUCCCGCAAAAUAUCACCAAAACAGACAUACGCUCGUACCUACUCGCAAUAUACGGCGUCGAAUGCACGUAUAUCCGUACAGAUAACUACUACGUUCCUAUAAAACAACGACACGCCGAGACAAUCGGCCGUCUCCAAACCCCUCGCGGCCCCAAACGGUCCCACAAACGCGCCGUCGUAGGUCUCAAACAACCCUUUUACUACCCU